AUGGUUCUUGGAGCGUUCUUUGCAAGUGCAGCCUCGGUGCCAUGGAGACGGUGCCUCCUCCUGCUCCCGACCCUUGUGCUCCUGUGGCAGCUCUGCCGGUUGCUGCACCGGCUGUGGUGGCGGCCGCGGUGCCUCGAGCGGGAGCUCCGGUCCAAGGGCCUCCGCGGCACGUCCUACCGCUUCCUAACCGGCGACCUCAGGGAACAAGGCCGGCGGAACAAGGACGCCUGGUCGAGGCCGCUCCCGCUGCGGUGCCACGACAUCGCCCCUCGCGUGGCACCACUCCUCUGCGAUUCCGCCCGGGAGCACGGCAAGGUGAGCCUCUCGUGGUUCGGCCCGAUCCCCAAGGUAACCAUCGCCGACCCGGAGCUUGCCAAGAGCGUGCUGUCCGACAAGUCCGGGCACUUCGAGAAGCCCAAGUUCCCGGCGAUGUGGAAGCUGCUCGCCAACGGUCUCUUGAACCACGAGGGCGAUAAGUGGGUCAAGCACAGGCGGCUCCUCAACCCUGAGUUCCAUGAGGAGAAGAUCAAGUGCAUGCUGCCAGAGUUUUCGGCGUGCUGUGAAGAGUUGGUGGGCAGAUGGACGGAGUCCAUCGGCUCCAGUGGAGGUACGCACGAGCUGGAUAUUUGGCCGGAGCUCAAAAUCCUGGCCGGAGAUGUCAUUUCCCGCACCGCAUUCGGCAGCAGCUACCUUGAAGGAAUGAAGAUAUUUCAGCUGCAAACCGAGCAAGCAGAGCACCUCAUCACAAACAUUCGGAGGAUUCUCAUUCCCGGCUACUUAUCUUUGCCAACCCCAAACAAUAAAAGGAUGUAUCAGGUCAACAACGAGGUUGAAUCGAUUCUACGGGGUUUAAUUGCAAAAAGAACUAAAGCUGUCAAGGAAGGAGAAAGCACCAAAGAUGACUUACUUGGCUUAUUGCUAGAGUCAAACAUGAGGCACACAUAUGACAAUGGUCAAUCCAGCAUGGGGAUGACAAUUGAAGAUGUCAUCGAGGAGUGCAAGACGUUCUACUUUGCAGGAAUGGAGACAACAUCAGUACUACUCACGUGGACCAUGAUCGUUCUAAGCAUGCAUCCGAAGUGGCAGGACCGUGCAAGGGAGGAGGUCCUAGGUUUAUUUGGGAAAAACAAACCUGAAUACGAAGGUCUAAACCGACUUAAAAUGGUGACCAUGAUCCUUUACGAGGUUCUUCGGUUGUAUCCUCCAAGCAUUCAUUUUAGCCGGAAGACAUGCAAGGAGGUGCUAAUCGGAGACAAAAGGUACCCAGCUGGCAUGAUGAUUGAGCUCUCCGUACUACUCAUGCACCAUGACCCUGACAUUUGGGGAAGCGAUGUGCAUGAAUUCAAGCCGGAGAGGUUCGCUGAGGGGAUCUCCAAAGCGUCCAAGAAUUCAGGCGCGUUUCUCCCAUUCGGCUGGGGGCCACGGAUUUGCAUCGGCCAGAAUUUUGCGCUUACUGAGGCCAAGAUGGCGAUUUGCAUGAUCCUUCAACGUUUCGACUUCGUGCUUGCCCCGUCCUAUAUUCAUGCGCCAUAUACCGUGGUAACACUACAUCCAAUGCAUGGCGCACAAAUUAGGCUUGGACUCAUCUAAUUCCUUUCACAUUUGGUGGUGUGUCCUUUGAUUUUCUUUGACAAAUGUAUGUGUGUGGUGUAACUGAGUGUUGAAGCUAUCAGAUCUAAUUCAAUAAUGAGAUCCUGGUUGCCGUAAUACGGAUAUGAAAUAUAUGGUGCGUUUUAUAAGAAAUAUCAAUUUGAUUACUAAAUGGAUUAUCA